ACUAGAGGCGGCGAUUUACCGCGCGGCGACGUGAAACUCCCUUUAGGUGAACAGUCCAGUGCGCCUGCGCGGUUUACCGGACAAGAUGGCGACCAGCAAUGGUGGAGGAAUGGAAGUGGAUGGGGCAGCCAGCCCCAGUGUUAUGGCCGCAGGGGUCACCGGAAGCGUUUCUGUGGCCUUACACCCUCUGGUUAUCCUCAACAUAUCCGACCACUGGAUACGCAUCCGCUCACAAGAGGGACGACCAAUGCAGGUGAUUGGCGCCCUGAUCGGGAAGCAGGAGGGGAGAAACAUCGAGGUGAUGAACUCCUUUGAGUUACUGUCUCACACCAUAGAUGAUCGGGUGCAUAUUGACAAGGAGUACUACUACAUCAAGGAGGAACAAUCCCCAACAUCUGACAUCCACAUUCACAAGCAGGUGUGUGAGAUUAUUGAGAGCCCUCUCUUCCUCAAGCUCAACCCAAUGACCAAACACACCGAUCUUCCUGUUAGUGUUUAUGAAUCUGUGAUUGACAUCAUCAAUGGCGAGGCUACUAUGUUGUUUGCUGAGCUGACGUACACUCUUGCAACAGAGGAAGCAGAGAGAAUCGGUGUUGACCACGUAGCUCGAAUGACAGCCACAGGCACAGGAGAAAACUCGACGGUUGCUGAACACCUUAUAGUACAGCACAGUGCGAUAAAGAUGCUCCACAGCCGGGUGAAGAUAAUUCUUGAGUAUGUCAAAGCCGUGGAAUCAGGAGAGGUGCCAUUUAACCACGAGAUCCUUCGAGAAGCGAAUGCCCUGUGCCACAGAUUGCCGGUCCUUAGCACCAUAAAAUUCAAAACGGACUUCUAUGAUCAAUGUAAUGACGUGGGCCUCAUGGCCUACUUAGGCACCAUCACCAAGACCUGCAACAGUAUGAACCAGUUCAUCAACAAGUUCAACGUCCUGUACGACAGACAGGGAAUCGGCCGGAGGAUGAGAGGACUCUUCUUUUGAGCUGGCAGAAAGACAAACAAGCACUGCAGUUUCUUUUUCUGUUUUUGUUUGUUUGUAUGUAUUUUUGGUUAGCUAAAACAAAUUCUACAGUAGUUUUCAAACCAGCUUACCAUUUUUAACCACAAGUGUAUCAAAAAGCACUUAAUUACACUUAUCGGUAAGAGAUGUGUACAAAAUCACUCAACUCUUUCUUGGUUAUGCACAGAAAUAAAUCCACUGCACAUGAACGUUAUAUUAUUUUACCCCGUUUUUGUUUUAUUGUUUCAUGUUUCUGUAUGUAAUAAAUGAUCUGCUGAUUUUUUUUCAUGGGA